AAGUGGAACCACAACCCCUCUCCUCCCUAUCUCCACCGUCCGAUCAACCUCCACCAUGCCGAUCCGUUCAAUCGCCAUCGGACAACACCAUGAGUUCAGUCACCCGGAUACUAUUAAGGCCGGGUUAGCUGAGUUCAUCUCCACCCUCAUUUUCGUGUUUGCCGGUUCAGGUUCUGGCAUGGCAUUCGCCAAGCUUACUAACGAUGGUGCGGCAACCCCAACUGGCCUCUUGGCGGCUGCGAUCGCUCACGCACUUGCCCUGUUCGUUGCGGUUUCGGUUGGUGCCAAUAUCUCUGGUGGACAUGUUAACCCUGCUGUCACCUUUGGCGCCUUUGUUGGUGGGAACAUCAGUUUUAUUCGUGGUGUUGUUUAUGUUAUUGCUCAGUUGCUUGGAUCUACUGUCGCUUGCUUGCUACUUAAGUUUGUCACUAAUGACAUGGCUGUUGGCGCUUUCUCCUUAUCCGCGGGUGUUGGGGUUUCAAACGCUUUGGUCUUUGAGAUCGUGAUGACAUUCGGGCUUGUCUACACCGUCUAUGCAACCGCAGUUGACCCCAAGAAGGGUACUUUGGGAACAAUUGCACCAAUUGCAAUUGGUUUCAUUGUUGGAGCAAACAUUUUGGCUGGUGGAGCAUUCACCGGUGCAUCAAUGAACCCAGCUGUGUCUUUUGGACCCGCUUUGGUGAGCUGGACCUGGGCCAAUCACUGGAUUUACUGGGUUGGGCCUUUGGUUGGUGGUGGUCUUGCUGGGCUUAUCUAUGAGCUCCUCUUCAUUAACCAAACUCAUGACCAUUUGCCCACAUCUGCCUAAAUUUGUUGGUUUUUCUAGUUUUUUGAAUUUCGUCAGCUUGGUCUUGAUUGAUUGUCAUUUGUCGAUAUUGGUUUGUGAAUUCUCCAUAUCAUUUGAUGUAUUGUAAAAUUUCCUGGUUUGGUUUGAAUAUUUGAUGUGUCUUUCUGGUUUCUUUUGUUUAUGCAUUUAAUAUUUUUCAAGAGAAAAUGAGUGAAAAUAAUGUUUGGCAA